AUGUUGCAGAUGCGCUUGCCAGAGCACUUGGUGAGCCUGGAUGACAAGGUGCAUGCAGUGCAAGACAUCAUGAAUCAUGUCGACACAGAAGUUGUUGUGCUUGUAGGCAUGGGCGGAAUAGGCAAGACAACACUGGCAAAAGCUGUGUAUGAGAGUGAGCGGUCUAGGAAUAAUUUUGAUGAGAUCGCUUGGGUAACGAUGGGAAGAGAUCCAAACAUUCUGCAGUGCCUGCAGCAGAUAUGGGCACAAUUGGUAUCCUCAGAACGGAAUCCCAGCUGUUCCAACAUGGAAGAUCUAAAGUCGGAACACUUGAGCACCCUGAAAAAGAAGUGUGUGCUGCUGGUGUUGGAUGAUGUGUGGUCAGUCAACAGCUUGGAGAAACUGAAGAUCACAGUGAGCAAUGGGGAUAGCAGAUUGUUGGUGACAUCAAGAGACAUGAAAGUUGCAAGAGGCGUGGGUGCCAAGGUGUAUGAUGUUGGGCUCCUGGACAAAAACUCUUCUUUGGAACUCUUUUGCAAAUGUGCUUUUGGCAUGCCUGGCAUCCCUGAUGAGAAGGUGAAGUACAGGCCAUUUGUUGAGCAGAUGGUGAUGCAGUGUGCCCAACUGCCUUUGGCUUUGCAAGUGGUUGGAUCAUUGGCGAGAGAAUUCCGUCAAUUGGCAGAGUGGGAGGCUGGCGUAAGCAGGCUGCAGCAAUCCAGAUCAUUGGGUGCAGUGUAUGAAGAUGACCUGCUGUCUGUGCUGAGGAUCAGCUAUGAAGACUUGGACGAUUUCCAAAAGGCCUUUUUCUUUUGUCUCGUGUGCUACCCUGAAGAUUCCCAUGUGAAGGUGUCAGAUUUGGUGGAGCAGUGGGUUGCUUGCCUGGACGUUGAGGCUGACAGCGAUGUGGAAGAUUGCUUCCUUGAUGGCUACACGAUUUGUUUGCAAUUAAUGGAUCGCUCACUGUUCAUGUAUGAUGCAGUACCCGAGUCUGCUGGAGAUGCAGAUAUGAUGAACAACACAUCUUGUUAUCUGCAUGAUUUUCUGAGGGAGGUGGGUUUGCGGUUGGCUAGCAAAGAUCGUCCGCUUGCUGCACGUGAGAAGCUGUUGUUUCCCAAUCUGCAUCAACUGCGUGACAAGACUGUCAUGGCAAGGCACUUGUCAACAUGUGGUGAUGCCUCAAAUUGCUGGCCUGAGGGCUUUGAAGCACCUUCGAUGGUUAGCUUGAUUUCAAGAGACUCAGGGCUUACAGCGCUGCCUUCAAAGUUGGUUUUGUCACCGCAUCUGAGGAUAUUGGACUUGUCAAGAUCUGCUAUUGGAGAGAUCUCGCCAAGCAUCCGAGAAAUUUCACUGUUGCAGGUCCUGAGGCUUGACGGAUGCAAUGGUGUAUCCAUGCUGCCAAAAGAAUUGACAGAUCUGUCACAUCUGACAGUGUUGUCACUUCGUGAUUGUCCAGGGCUGCAAUCCCUCCCAGAAUCUCUGGGGAAUCUAACGAGAUUGCACUCACUAUUCAUUGGUUGCCACAAGUUGCAGCAUCUUCCAGCAUCCAUAGUGAAUGCAACCAGAAUGAGGAGACUGGACUUGUCUGGCUGUGAAAUAUUGAUGUCCUUGCCGGAUGGCUUGGGACAAUUUUCCUACCUGCAAGUCCUUAGCUUGGCUGGUUGCAAGGACAUAACAAGCAUACCACAAAGUCUGGGCUUCAUCACUGGGCUGCAAGUGCUUUGUCUGAGUUGGUGCAGGGGCAUCACAGUGCUUCCUAAUGAAAUAGGGCUGUUGAGUCACCUUCAAACCCUGGAUCUGAGUGAGUGCAGGGGCCUCACGAGACUGCCAGAGAGUGUUACACAGCUGUGUGAGCUGCAGACACUGAAUUUGAAUGGGUGUUGGAGCCUCACAUGGAUUCCAGACCUUGAGCUGGUGUAG